GGCUAUCAUCAUGUCAGCUGCGCACAGUGGUCGGCAUGUGGACGAGGUGUGCGUUGCGAUGCAGACGGCCUUCCCCGGAGUACCUCCAGAGCGCUUGACCCAGUCGGCGUUCGAAGAGCAGGGAGACGACAGUGAGGACGAGUACGACACAUACGUGGAGAUAAACGGACAGGAUGAAGUCACCCAGGACAUCGAUGCGUUCGUGCAGGCAGCGGGGCCCAUUGACGAGGCGGACGCUGCGGAGAUCCUGGCGACGCAGGGCGGUCCCCGCAAGCAGGAUCUCGACCGCGCGGGGCAUCGGGUCAAGUGCUUCAAGUGCCACGAGGCUGGGAAUUUCAGCAGGCAGUGCCAGGGCAACAAGGCGCCCCCCCCAGGUGCCCAGAACGUUUCGGUCUUCGAGGAGUCCGAUGACGUGAUGGACUUGCAUGCCGUCAGCAAGUGCGACGUCGACGACGAGGGAGACCAGGUCGACGUUGAGAUUGUGGCCGUCCUGAAGGUCCUUGAGGACGGCGUGCUGUCGCAGCUCAUUCAGCAGGCGCGCUGGAUGGAAUGGGCUGGCGCGCGAG